AGGGGGUUUGUGUCCGCGGUCUGUGCCCCGGGGGAUUCUGGGACAGCACAGCCCUCCCCCCGCCCCCCCCGGCUAACCCCUGCUCUCCCCCAGGUCCGUUUUCUGCUGGGCUCUGCCCCGGAUGACGCCCCCCCCAGCCCAGAGCCCUCAGCCCCACGCAGCCCCCCUGACCCCGGCGUGGCGGAGGCGAUGACGGGGUUCGGGGGGGCUGUGGAGGACCUGGCCGCCCCCGAGCUGCACACCAGCCUGGCCCUGGGCGAGGAGGUUCGGGCAGCCGCCCACCAGGGCUUCGACGCCCACCGGGCCGCCCAGGAGCUGCUGGCCACGUCCUUCCUCACCCGCUGCAGCGUGGAGGGCAAGGCGGCCGCAGGUAUGAACAUCCCCCGGGAGCAGCAGCUGUACCAGGGGCUUGUGAGCCUGCAGGUGCCUGCAGAGGAGGUGCUGAGCUGCGCCCUGCAGGAGAAACUGUCACUUGUCCGAUCCCAGCCUGAACCCCGCAGGGAGCCUGCCCCCGAAGGCCCGGACCUGCUGAUGUUCUACGAGCCCCGGGAGCUGUUCGCGGAGACCCCGUACUUGGGCGUGGAGGGGCUGCCCCCCCUGCGGCUCCAGCCCCACGUCCGACCCCCGGCCUCCACCUUCCUCAUGUUCCGCAAGCUGCAGCAGUGGGAGGCCUAGUGGGGCUGGGACGCGGCAGCGGCUGCCCCCCCCCCCGAGAGACUGGUUCUGUGUGGGGCUCCCCCCCCCACACACACUUACCCCGUGUGGUUCUCACCCUUUGUACCUGCCCCCCCCCCCCGAGAGACUGGUUCUGUGUGGGGCUCCCCCCCCCCACUUACCCCGUGUGGUUCUCACCCUUUGUACCUGCCCCCCAAUAAACCCCCCUCUGGACUCAGCUCUGGUGCCUGAAGAUUGGGGGACCCUCCCCCACGUGGUCUGUGGCCCCCUGCCACUGUCGGGGGUG